AGGCUGACCGCCGCAGUUGUUCCUUCCUCGUACGCUGUGAGGAAUUGUAUCGUCAAUAGCCAAUUGGCUUCGCUCAACUAUGUCAACCCAUUGACACGAAAUAGCGCAUCCCUAGGACGGACAAUGGGGUUAGUCGCCGGUUUUACGGGCGGCGUGACUCUUACACUCUCGCUGACCUACCUCGCUCUUCUUACACAUAAGCGCAAUCGCGAGGCACAAUCCUCCAUCUUGCGCUCUUCGACAUUUGCCGUAGACAACCUUGUCCCAUCGCACCGGCACCGCAAUGCGACCACAGUCUUGCCCGACGGUUCCUACAGCCCGCGCCCCAGCCUUGAACAGUACAGCGACCACCGCAAGGGCGACAGCUCCUUCCUCGAAACCGCAAAAUCCCGCUGGAAUGCCGAGGUAGCAUCAGCCGUGCACUGGGCGCAGACCAAGGACUGGGCAGCCGUGCGCGAGGACGCCGAGGAGAAUGUGUCAAGGCUGCUGGGCCUCAGUCUCUCCCGCGAGCCGAGUGAUACAGCGAUAGUGCGGCAAGACCCUGCUCGCCCGGCCCCCGUUCCACCAGUAGAAGCUGCACAGAGGACACCUGCCGCCCCUGUUUACAGCGCAUCCCCCGCUGUAACGCCAUCUCCGAAGGCAGCCGACACGCUCCACGAUGCGGGGGCUAGGGUUGCAGAGGCCGCGCAGGCGGUGAAGGAGGAGGCCAAGGGGGCUGUUUCCAGGGGGAUCGAAAAAGCCCAAGAUCUUGUAGGGAAGGCAAAGGCGGCUGUUUACCUGGCUGAAGAGAAAGCAGAGGCAAAGAUCGAUGCUAAGUUACUACACGUGUCAGACGUCGAGAGGGCGCUCCAGGAGCGGUAUGACAGUGCGCGGAGAGAAGAGAGGAUGAAGAGGAGUGUGCAGGAGGUUCUGGCCGAGAGGUACACCCCUAUCGGGGAAAGGGAUAAUUCGAGGUUGAGAGGGUUGUGAGCUGGGAUUUUCUCCCUGUACCAGACAGGGGCGGUGAGACGUCCUUUUGCUGCUGUUGCUUGGGAGCAUGUUAUUGAUACCUAAACCCGACCAGAAUCUCAGCGAGCAAAAUACCAAUAGACGGCUUGCUUUUUUGACCUUGUG